AUUGCUGUUGAAAUUCUGUUAUUUUGUGUAUGAAAAUAGCACCAAAUAUAUUUUAACAUUCUUUUUCUUUUUUUCAGCAACUAUAGAACCAAAUUUCAUAACAUACAUUUUUCCAGUGAAGUACAUGAAAAAGAAUUUAAAGAAAUACACACUAAUUGCUGAGAAAUAUUAUGAGAUAUUUGAUGAAACCGUGGGCAUAGUAGUUGAGGCCAGCAAAAUAUCAAAGAGGAAAAUUGCAGUGGAAGAAGAAUUGCUCAAAACAUACAAACAAUUCAAUGAAGCCCUGGAUGAAAUGGAUAAAAGAGGAAGUUUUCCUACAUCCUCGUUGGACGAAGUUCCUGGAAAAAUAAGAGAAAACCUGCUCUCACUACGUCAUACAUUUAAAGCAACACUGAGUGAAAUGAGAAGAAAAGCAGAGUUAUCGUUGUUGGAAAAUGGAAUAACCCCUAAAAAAGAAGAAAUUGAGGAAAAUACAACGAAGCCACCAGACGCAGACAAUAAGGAGGAUGUUGCUAACCCUAAUUACGAGUUGUUCCUGAAUAUCAAGAAUUUGAAAAAAAGCCUGAAGAUGAACAGACUUCUUGGAGAGAGAUAUUAUGAGAUAUUCGAAGAAAAGGUGACAAAUCUGACAACUGGCAUGCAGACAAUAGAUAAUGACACAAUAGAUAAUCUGGCCGCCCUGUAUGUGGAAUAUAAAGAGGAACUGGAUGAAGCAAGGAAGUCUGGAAGUAUAUCUAGCUACAGACUUUACGACCUUCCUGUAAAAAUGAAAGCAAGUGUUGUGGAAAGACACAAGAUAUUUACAGAGGCAAUGGAUGAAUUGGAAAGAAGAGGACUAGACGAAAUUAAGAAACAUUUGCCUCCCACUAAAAUUGAAGAAGAUGAGAUGAGUGAGAAUUCUGCUUCUGGAAGAGCCAUUACAGGGGAAGAAGGGGAAGAAAAGAAAGAAGAGACGAAAAAAGAAGAACCAAAGAGACUACUAUUCGAUAUACGUUUCGAAAGAUCAAUAAUUCUUCUUAUAGGAUGUUUUUUUAUCAUCGUUCAUAUUAUAUCACGAAUGUAUAUGCGCUGGAAGAAAGCCAAUGAAGAUAUAGAACAGGGCUGAACCAAAUUCCAUCGAUUCUGCACAACUGACACACUUUUCCUCUUAGUAUGAAGUUGAUGCAGGGACUGGUCCGAUUGCCCUCUAGGAGUCAGGAAGGAAUUGUUUCCUCUCUGAGGCAAAUGAGAGAGGAUUCAAAUGGAGUUUUUUAUGUCUUAAGCUGGCCAUAGAUGUUGAGAUUUUUAAAAGAUCAGAUCCUCAUCGUGAGACCACGAUCUUCUCAGAACGAUCGUACGAAUUUACCAUCAACUAAAAAGAGCAAUUUACCAGGAAAACAA